CCCUCUGAGGCGCGCUUUUCGAUAAAUCGGACGUCGACGGCUAUACGCGCUUAUAGCUUUAAGUUUCCUUCCGCUGUCCGGUUAAUCAUAAGUAACCACGUCCAUAUAUCGAUUCUUUUUCGAUGGGGGUCAGUAGUGGAGUCGCACUUGGUCUGGCAGCGUGGCACUUAGUGCUCCUCCACUUGUACCCGUGUCACACCUCCACAAACCUGCGGUCCCUUUUAUUAUUUCACCGUGGACAUGGCUCAGAUUUAAUUACAAGGUAUGAGAUAAAUAUUCCCAAUUCCCCGCAAAGUUAAAAUUAAUUAUACACGCGUGAAUUUGCCAGUUUCAAUUUUUCCGCUGUGUGGGAAAUUAUCGCUUCGUUUCGCCGAAUGUCUUUUUUUAAGCACGGUUUGUCGCUGUUCAUCUUUUCCUUUUAUAAAAAAUACGUGUACGCAUUUUCUACUGACCUCCAUUUAAAUAAUCGAGCGACUUUCUCGGAUCGCUUUAGGCGUUAAUUUGCAAACCUUUUAAUCGAUGGUUUUUUUUUUAUUUAUUUACAUAAUUAUCGAGCCGAUGCGGCAGAUCUAUGUGCCAGUAAUACUUAAAUGCCGAGCCACGCCAAAUAUAUCAUAAAAAGGCCUCACCGAUGAAGUACCAACAGGUAUCGGUGGACUUGGCGAAGAUGGUUGUCAGUGCCAUUACCUACUUGGCAUUAGCUGGUGCGGUUUGGAUUUUCCUGCGACUUUUCCAGGCCUGCUUCUCGUUGCCACGCCAUUUGAGAAAGCAAAACGACGUUCAGCAAAUGUUGCAGGAAAAGAUCGAUGGAUACGAGAAGUAUGUGCAGGAGUGCGAAGAAAAAGAUCGAGCACUGGGGAUAGAAUGCGACCUGGAAGGAGUGGAUGACAAGGAGGAUGCCGAAAGAGCAGACCGAGCCACCAAGUGGAAGGAACGACGCGAAUGCCUGGAGAUGUUGAAGAAGGAGUUGAAUAGAAUUCGGGAUGGCGGUGAUAUCAAUGAUUGGGACCAUCUUUUGGAUGCCGACCACGAGGGGGACGAUAAUUCGUCAGAGAACGCGAUGAAAAAUGAGACCACUAGUUGCAGUAGUAAUACAAAUAAUAGUAUGGCCUCGGGGCUCUACUCGGGAAUGAAGAAAGAAAAAUAGCCUGAAAGAGGAUUACACCUCGUUGAGUUUUUUGUAGGAUCGGUGUUGACAGACGUUUGUCGAUAUGUAUUUUACUCAGAAAUACUUCUUGAUACGCGCAUAAAUUAGGAACGUUUGUACCUCCAUUGAGGUUUGCUUUAAAAGAAAUAAUAAUUUUCAGACGUUUAAUGUAA